GUCGGGACUCCGCUCGCUACUGUUGUUGUCUUCACACAGCGCGUUGUGUUUGGGGGAGACUCUGAAACGGAGAUUCAGUCUGAGAUUAAAGAGCUAACUGAAUGAUGUCCCUCUUCAUGUCGUCUUCUGCACUUUCCCACUCAGCUUAAAUGUGCUUCCGUAAACACGUCAGGACUUUCUAACAAGAGGAAAGUUAAGCUGCUGAAACAGACAAUAUAUUACAACAUGGCAUCUAGAAGACAUUCUGUGACUCAGCGAACAUCGUCUGGUACCCUCCACAAGGAUGCAUCUCACAGACAAACACAGAAACACAGCAAAGAGAGAAAUCACUACUGCUCUGAAUGUGGGAGGAGUUUUACUACACAGAGUACUCUCAAAAAACACCAGCGCAUCCACACAGGAGAAAAGCCUUAUCACUGCUCAGAGUGUGGGAAGAGUUUUAAUCAUCAGAAUCAUCUCAAAAUACACCAGCGCACUCACACUGGAGAGAAACCGUAUCACUGCUUAGAGUGUGGAAAAAGUUUUGCUGUACUAGGUACUCUCAAAAUACACCAGCGUAUUCACACAGGAGAGAAGCCGUAUCACUGCUCAGAGUGUGGACAGAGUUUUACUGAUCAGAGUAAUCUCAAAACACACCAGCGCAUCCACACAGGAGAGAAGCCAUAUUACUGCAUGGAGUGUGGACAGAGUUUUACUCAAAAGAGUAAUCUCCAAGACCAUCAGCGCAUUCACACAGGAGACAAGCCGUAUCACUGCUCAGAGUGUGGAAAAAGUUUUACUGUACAGCGUAAUCUCCAAGAUCAUCAGCGCAUUCACACAGGAGUAAAACCGUAUUACUGCUCAGAGUGUGGGAAGACUUUUACUGUACAGAGUCAUCUCAAAACACACCAGCGUAUCCACACAGGAGAGAAACCACAUCACUGCUCAGAGUGUGAGAAGAGUUUUACUGAUAAGAGUGCUCUCAAAACACACCAGCGUAUCCACACUGGAGAGAAACCGUAUCACUGUUCAGUGUGUGGGAAAGAUUUCAGGCAUUUAAAUACUCUGAAAAAACACAAGUGUACUAAGAGCUGUGGUGGAAAUUGGCAGUAAUGAAUGUAACCAUAACAAUUUCUGGGAGUAAAUGUCUGCAGAAAAUGGUGAUUUCAGGCCAGAUUUUAUACUGUUUUUGGGGAAACCACAUCUUUUUCUCUAAAACAUAAGCAUAAAAUGAAAUGUAAUUCCUUGGUGUAUUGAACAAUAAAUCAUAUUCCUGGUAUCUCUAUUCCUGAUGUAACCUGUCAACAAACUCUGUGUUCUCGCAUGCUAGUGCCCCUAAUUCCAUCCUAUCCAUAUGUUAUUUUCCCUAACAUCUUUUUUUUACUGUCUUAACCAUGUUUAUUGUAGGGUUUUACCAAAUGGCUUUUGUUGUAGAAAAGUGAUACUUGUCACCUGCCCUAGAGAAUGAUAACUGUCACACUCUAACCUUGUCGUCUCUCUCCUUUGUUGUAUUGAACUACUCUUCUUCCUCCCAAACAUUUUUCAAUGUAUAUAAGGUCCUCCUAAAAGUAUUUCUCGUCAGUCUGGUGACAGACUGUUGAUCGACCGAGCUGUACCCAUACAUGAUACCCUGUAUAUGUAAAUAAACUCUAGUCAACGCUGAAGCUCCAGUCUUCUGACUCUUCCUGCUGAAUUUCUAUUUUUCCAGAAGAUCUUGAUGAGUUUGGAGGGACACAAGCAAAACAGAAACAUUCAAGAUUAAGAUGUUCAUAUAUGUAGUUUCUUUGAGUGGUCCGACAUGACAGCUCUGGUUAAAUGCUUACCAAAAAAUACUGCAUUGAGCCUUUAAGCUGUUGGUUUUAGAGAUUUUAGUUGUCUUCAUUUUGAUAUUUGAAAUAGGAUUUUAAAGGAGUUUUGACUGUAAUGUCUUGACUGCAUUCAGGGUGGGAUGUUAGCAUUAAGAUAUUAAACCCCCAACAUCACUGAGAUAGGACAGUGCCCACCACGUUUAUACUGUCUGAGUUUCCUCUGUCACGUGGGGCUGAGACCACUUUGUUUUGGAUUUGAGCUGAUGGUGGUAAAAAGCUACAGAUGUGU